CCCCCUUCUCCCAUCAGCUCAUCACAGCUCUUGAUCUCUAGCUAGGGAGCUUCCUCUCCAUCGGUCGAGUGGUCCUCUCACUCUCACCAGGAGCGCAGCUAGCUCAAAGAGCGAGGCCGGAAGAGAUGGCGUCGCUGUCGAUGACGAGCUCGGCCUCGGCGCGCGCGCAGUGGACGAAGAAGCAGAACAAGCUGUUCGAGCAGGCGCUGGCGGUGUACGACAAGGACACCCCCGACCGGUGGCACAACAUCGCCCGCGCCGUCGGCGGCAAGUCCGCCGAGGAGGUCAGGCGCUACUACGAGCUGCUGGAGGAGGACGUCAAGCACAUCGAGUCCGGCAAGGUGCCCUUCCCCGCCUACCGCUGCCCCGGCGGCGCCGGCACCCUCGGCUACGAGGCCGACAGGCUGAGGCAUCUGAAGAUCUAGGCGAAUGUGAACUUACAGAUGAUGAUCGGGAAGAGGAUGCGCGCGCACGUGUAUAUAUGAUUGGGACAGUAUGCAUGUCCAUGCUACUCCUACGCAAGUGGGCUGGAAGAAGCAAGAAUUCAGAUGAGAUGCAUGCAUGUUAAUUAAUAAUUAGUAAUGGGAUGAGUGGUAUCCUAGCCUGUCACGCGAGAUCGACCGACCCAUCGAUCUCCCAUGUGUCCUUCGUACCCACUCGUAUGUAUUACUAUAUCCUAGCUGCAUCUGUGUACCAUACCAAUCAAGAAGAACAUGAACUUGAUAUUAGCUAAUGCAUUUCUACGAUGAUUUCUUUGUUC